GUGGACGGUGUAGCGCCCCUGAACCCCCGCGGGAGCGCCCCGGCGUCGGGCGCAGCGCGUGAGUUGGGAGGCAUGGCUGCGGGAAAGUUUGCCAGCCUUCCCAGAAACAUGCCCGUGAAUCACCAGUUCCCCCUGGCCUCGUCCAUGGACCUUCUGAGCAGCAAGUCCCCUCUCGCUGAGCACCGUGCAGAUGCCUAUCAAGACGUGUCCAUACACGGCACCCUUCCGCGCAAGAAGAAGGGCCCUCCUCCCAUUCGGUCGUGUGACAGCUACAGUCACAUGGGGACCCUGCCCCACUCCAAAUCCCUGCGCCACCACUCACCCCUGACCCAGGACGUCAUCCAGGAGAACCCAGCGCAGGACUUGAAAGGCGAGAUCUUCACCUUCAGGGAUCAGCAUCUUCUGGAUCCGACGCCAGAGUAUGUGAAGUUCUCCAAGGAGCGGCAUAUUGCAGACCGGACCCCCGAGAGGCUGAAGAAGGAGCUGGAGGAGGAACUGCUGCUGAGCAGCGAGGACCUGCGCAGCCACGCCUGGUACCACGGCCGCAUCCCCCGACAGGUGUCAGAAAGCCUCGUGCAGCGAGACGGCGACUUCCUGGUUCGGGACUCUCUGUCCAGCCCCGGAAACUUUGUCCUGACCUGCCAGUGGAAGAACCUCGCUCAGCACUUCAAGAUCAGCCGGACGGUCCUGCGGCUCAGCGAGGCCUACAGCCGCGUGCAGUACCAGUUCGAGAUGGAGAGCUUCGACUCCAUCCCCGGCCUGGUGCGCUGCUACGUGGGCAACCGCAGGCCCAUCUCCCAGCAGAGCGGAGCCAUCAUUUUCCAGCCCAUCAACAGGACGGUGCCCCUGCGGUGCUUGGAGGAGCGCUACGGGACCUCCCCCGGCAGGGCCUGGGACGGCAGCCUGGCAGAGGGGAGGCCCGACAUCGCCAAGAGGCUGAGCCUCACCAUGGGCAGUGCCCAGGCCCGAGAGCAGAGCUCGUCCAGGGGAAACCUCCUCAGAAACAGAGAGAAGAGUGGCAGCCAGCCCGCCUGCCUGGAUCACAUGCAGGAAAGGAGAGCCUUGUCCCUCAAAGCCCACCAGUCAGAAAGUUUCCUGCCAAUUGGCUGUAAACCACCCCCUCAGUCCCCCGGUGUGGACACAAGCCCCUGCCCAAACUCCCCCGUUUUCAGGACGGGCAGCGAGCCCACGCUGAGCCCGGCCGUGGUCCGGAGGGUGUCCUCGGACACUAGGGCCGGGGAGGCUCUGAGGGGCUCAGACAGUCAGCUGUGCCCCAAGCCGCCUCCCAAGCCCUGCAAGGCACCCUUCCUCAAGGUCCCCCCAUCCCCAUCCGCCUGGCUCCGCUCAGAGGCCAACUACUGUGAACUCAACCCGUCCUGCAGCGCGGCCGGUGACCGGGGGGCACGGCCACCCUUCCCCGCCCAGGACAGCUACGUGGAGCUGCUGACAGCCAAGCAGAACGGGGCCCCGGCGCCCCGGAACUCUGGCACCAACUACUUGAUUCUUGAUGACGACGAUGGGACAAGGCCUUGGGGGCCCCUGGCCUCACAGAUGGACAAGGGGCAGGAGGACAAAGGCACGUUUGCGCUGCCCCUCCUGGAGACGGCCUCCUCGUUCAGGCCCAAUGACUUUGAGUCGAAGCUCCUGCCCCCCGAAAACAAGCCCUUGGAAACAGCGAUGCUGAAACGCGCCAAAGAGCUCUUCACCAGCAGCCACCCCCGGGUCAUCGCCCAGCACAUCCUGAGCGUGGACUGCAAGGUCACUCGGAUACUUGAAGUCUCUGACGAGAUGAGGAGGAACAUGGGCGUGAGCUCAGGCUUGGAGCUCAUUACCCUGCCCUACGGUCACCAGUUGCGCUUGGACAUAAUUGAAAGACACCACACAAUGGCCAUCGGCAUUGCAGUGGACAUUCUGGGCUGCACGGGCACCUUGGAGGAGCGAGCAGCCACCCUCAAUAGAAUCAUCCAGGUGGCGGUGGAACUGAAAGACUCCAUGGGGGACCUCUAUGCCUUCUCAGCCAUCAUGAAGGCUCUGGAGAUGCCACAGAUCACAAGGUUAGAAAAAACGUGGACUGCUCUGCGGCACCAGUACACUCAGAGCGCCAUCCUGUAUGAGAAGCAGCUGAAGCCCUUCAGCAAACUGCUGCAUGAGGGCAAAGAGUCCACCUGUGUUCCCCCAAACAAUAUAUCGGUUCCGCUGCUGAUGCCACUUGUGACAUUAUUGGAGCGCCAGGCUGUCACUCUUGAAGGAACGGACAUGUGGGAAAAAAACGAGGAAAGCUGUGAGAUUACGCUGAACCACCUGACCACAGCCCGCCGCAUGGCAGAGGCUGCAGACAGCUACCAGAGGAACGCCGAGAGGAUCCUGGAAGGUUUUCAACCAGAUGAAGAAAUGAGUGAAAUUUUCAAGACUGAAUUUCAAAUGCGACUGUUAUGGGGCAGCAAAGGUGCACAAGUCAAUCAGGCAGAGAGAUAUGAUAAAUUCAACCAGAUUUUAACUGCCCUCUCACGUAAAUUGGAACCUCUUCCUGUAUAACAGGCGGAGUUUUGAUCACUCUCCAGAGAACCAUAGGAUAUAUACUUCAAGCUUCUCCAGUUUCUUUGGGAAAGCUUAUCAUUUAAAGACAUAAUAAUGUGCAAAUACAACAACAUACAAGCUUUUAGUAUCCACAGGAUAUUAAACAUGGAAGUUGCACACAGCACACUUAUUUAUAAGUUGUUUAAAUUACUACUGAUUUUUUAAAUGAAAGAUAAUUUAUUAAGUUAACUUGCUAAUGCUGAUCAGCAAAUUUGAGACAUCCUAGAUAUGUUGGUUGCUUUCUAGUAGUGAAGUAUUUAACCACUUUAGUUUUUAAUUAUGUCAGAUAAAUGUAAAUUUCAAGUUUAAAAGCAUGAACCAUUUCAAAAGGUAUCAGUUGUAUGAUAUUCUUUAUAUUUGAGAAAUGUAAAUAGUUAUAUGAAAAUAUAUCUUUUUGUGAAAC